UUAUCAUCAGAUCCAAACGCUUCUUUAACUUAACUCAUGAGUUAGACUGCAUUCCCUUGACAAAGUGUUUGAACAAACUGAGCAUGAAAAUGAGAGACAAGUAGAAAUAUUGCCAAGUCGUUUCAAUAAAUUUCAGCCGAGCGACUACUUUUUACCUGAGGGAAAAAUCUAUGCUGAGGUUGGUCAAAAUGUCUAUUGUCUGUUGUUAAGCGUUAGCUAGCUAAGUUAGCAGGUGUGACACGAGCGAAGGUAACAGUCGCAACGGAAUUUACGUAUUAUUUUCACGUUGGACUCGAUGGUGACUCUAUCGUAAGUCUUAUUAUUGUUGUUUAGCGGCUGUAGCUUUUGGGCGCUAAUGGUUAGCUAAUAACUAAGAUCAGCACAGCUUCUAAACGCCAUGUCAGUGGCUAGCUAGCUAAUAGUUUUCUGAAAGGCAGAGGUGGUCGUUGACCAAAGCGCUGGUCACCGCAGCCGCGUCACGACUGAGACAUCUCAUCCAGAGGUCAGAUACUGGUGUCUGUGCUGCAGGGCGCGUUUACUCCGGAUCAAAAGGAUAUUAUGACACCAUAGAUACCAACAGGUUAGUCAAUUAGGCUGCUGCCUAACUGAAAUUACAAUUAAUGUGAGACUUCAAUGGAUGGAGCAAAAAUGAGUCUCAGCAAGCUAAUGCUACUGAGCUAACUGGGCUACUCAGUGAAGAUGCACCAUUAGAGGUGUCCCCGAGUGCUUCCCUUGACAUUCAAACCAUCUGAAGGUUUUAUAUUUGAGAGAUGGGCUCUGAGGACUUUGGACCAGCUGUGAUUCUUGCCGAGGAAGAUCAGCAAGAAAUUGGAGGCCUGAUCAACUCUGAUGGAGAAGAAGUGGAUUUCUCUGAUCUCAGAGACAGUGCCAUCCCUGGGAUUGUACCUGUAGAGGCUCCCUCCAAGACAUUCGAUCAAAGCGAGAAUGAAAAACCGCCGUCUCUUCACAGCUGCUCAGUGUGUGGGAAAGACUUCCCUUACGCCUCUAAACUUCAGCGCCACUUGCGUACUCACUCAGGAGAGAGGCCUUUCCCCUGCUCGAUGUGUGAGAAGAGAUUUCCAGAAAAGGGGCUGCUCAUGAUCCAUGAAAGGGUCCAUACUGGGGAAAAACCAUUCCCAUGCACUUUCUGUGAGAAAAGAUUUGCUAGCCAGGGGGAGCUCAGACUGCACCGGCGGACGCACACUGGCGAGAGGCCGUAUCACUGCUCCAUUUGUUUGAAGAGCUUUUCCCGACACUGGCAUCUGAAAACGCACUUGGAGGCGAUGCACUCUGAGGUUGUCGCAGGCUUUACGAGGAAGAAGUUUCCAUGUUCAGACUGUGACAAGAGCUGUAACUCAGCAGCUGAGCUUAGAGAUCAUCAGAGGACUCAUACUGGAGAGAGGCCCUAUCAGUGCUCUUUCUGUGACAAAAGGUUUGCCUUGUCUGGUACGCUUGUGAGACACGAGCGUCUCCACACCGGCAUCACGCCCUACCACUGCUCCGACUGUGGGAAGACAUUUGCACAGCAGUGGACUCUGACGACUCACAUGCGGACUCACACAGGAGAGAAACCGUACAGCUGCACACAGUGCGAUAAGUCUUUUGUGGCUCCAGGGGAGCUGCGACGGCACACCAGGAUUCACACGGGGGAAAAGCCGUACACCUGCACGGACUGUGGGAGGCACUUCUCACUGGCAGGAACUCUCAGAAACCACAAAAGGUCCUGCACACAGAACAAGAAUUUAUCAGUUACAGGUGUCAACUCGGACCCAGUUCAAGCUGCUGAAUCAUCCCAGCAAGACCUGGUCAACAACGUCAGAUCUAAGGUAUCUGACAGUCAGAGUUUGCCGAGUGCAGUUGAGCCUCAUUCCUCAGAGGGUAUCAACUGUAACAAAGCAGCUCAGUGUGAAAAUAACCUGAGAGACCCAGAAGGCCGAGUGGAGGACGUUGCUUCCAGUCCACAUAUGAAUGUAAUAGUGAAAGAGGAGGAAGAGGAGGAACCUUUGUGUGCAGAAGAAGCUCCUGACCAGGUGCUUGUUAGUGAAGAUUGUACCUCGCCAGAGGAAACUGAAAAGCAGCAGCAGGAAAGCAGCACGGAAAUUAGGAUUACAGUAAAAGAGGAAGAAGAGGAACUUGUCAACAUGUCUGAAGAGGAUCCUGAUCAUGUCGCUGACAGUGAAAAAGACAGUCCUCCAGCCUCACCAGUGCAGGAACAGUUAAAUGACAAUCUGACAAAAAGCUCUUAUUGCUGUGGGCUCUGUGGAAGAGACUGUCACAAGAUGUCUGCUCUUCAGAUUCACAUGCGAAUUCACUCGGGGGAGAAACCCUACCAGUGCACUCUCUGUGGGAAGCAGUUCACCCAGAAAGGUCAACUCAAAGGUCACCAGAAAGUCCACACAGGAGAGAAACCUUUCGCCUGUCCGGACUGCGGGAAGAGCUUCGCCCACUCGGGGGCCAUGAACAGACACCGGCUCACGCACACAGGAGAGAGGCCCUACCACUGUUCUUUGUGCGACAGGAGCUUCAACCAGUCCGGCCGCUUGAGGGAACAUGAGAAAAUCCACUUCGGGGAGAAGUUUGACUGUCCAGAAUGUGACAAGAGUUUUACACGAGCUUCAAGCCUCAAGAACCAUUUCAGGCUUCACACGGGAGAGAGGCCGUAUGGCUGCGACAUCUGCGGGAGAGGCUUCAGCCGCUCACAAAGCCUGAGGCUGCACAGACGGAAACAUGAGCAGAUUCAGACUGAGGAGGAGUCUGCGUUCAGCACGAAGAAUGACGAUUUAUCACAGAGUGACGAUAACUCUCCUAUUAAUAUGUGUAUAGCAGACAAAAAUGACUGAUAAUGUAUUUAUAUAAACCAUAGAGAUAUGUACCAGUAGUAGUAUUACAACACAAGAUUUUAGGAAGUGAAACAUGAACGAAGAGGGAAAAUAAGGGACUACCUCUGUGAAUAGACCAUCAUUAUACCUUUACAUGGUCGUUCACAUAAAAAAAGCUACAAUAUUUAACACCCAGAGCGGUGCAGACAAAUUAAUAAGAAGACAUGUCAGGUGAUGUUCAGCAACUAACAAGUUUCAGACAAAAUGACCAAACAGAUAUUUCCUUCAAACGCAACUUUCAGAAAGUCUUGGAAACUGCUUAGAUGAUAAAUUUUAGAGGUCAUAUUUAUUCACGUUUAUCACUCUUAUGUUAGUUGCAUUGAAAUAUCGCACUCACAUUAGUAUUUAUGGUAGUAAAAAUGACUCAUUUAAGACCUGUGAUUUCACUUCUCCAUGCAGUAUUUGUCAUUCAGACUAAUCGUGUUUGUGGAAAUUGGAUUGAAGAAUAAAUAUGUUUUUGUAUCAGUUGUUAUGAUGGCCAAUGAGCAGUCUUGGAAUCAGGUGAAACUGGAAUUCAUUCUUUGGGCACGAGCUACUGAAAUGACUGAAUAAUUUUGCCAGUAAUGAAGCAGUGCAAUCACAUUCAUCAGGUUUUUUGCCAAACCAUUUUGCCUUAGUCGUGGUUAGUUUUUUAUCUGUUUUGUACAGCAGUUAUUGAACAACCAAAACAUGAAUCAGGCUCACCUGGUUUAGGCAACUCUUAAAGGCCAAGUAACCGUUGUGAAUAAAGGUAACAUCCUCUAAGGCUGUGAUAAAAUAGGCAAUAAUUUUGAAGCCAUGUAGAUGGUAAAUUUUGCCUCUGUCUAAUUGUA